UUAGCGGUGGCUCUUCUUUCUGAUGUCGACAACGGACUUGAGCGCACUGGCGCUGUUCUCAAACGAAAGACUCUGACACAUACAAAUGAAACACAACAUACACAGCCUCACGCACGUGCCUCUUGUUGUACCUGUUGGCGGCCAGUGGAUUCUUCCGUUGCGGUGACGCACCCGAUACCGUCGGCGUCGAUAUCGAAUGUCACCUCGAUGCCUGCGCCUUCGGGGGCGGGGGUGAGGCCGGUGAACGUGAACUGUCCCAGCAGAUGGUUGUCUUUGGCCAUAGGAUUCUCGCCCUCGUACACCUUGAAGCUCAUCUGCAACAUGCACACAUACGGAGAUGGUAUGGGUGUCACACCGUCGCGAGCAUCUCACCUCUGUCUGAUUGUCGUAAGUAGUCCAGAAGAAGUCUGAUUUCUUGAUGGGAAUGUUGCUGUUGCGGUCGAUGAUGCGCAGGAACGCGUCUUUGACCUUGCCUUUCUUCCCCCAAAUGCCGAGGGACAGAGGGGUCACAACGGGGAGGCCCUGCAGACAGACACACAACAACACACUCUAUGGCCAACGUCCACACGGGUACACCUAUGUCUCUACGACUGGCUAAGACUCACUCACACACUCACAAGCCCUAUGGAUUGGCGCACCUGCUGUCUGACACCAUCAGGCGGCUUGACCGCACUGGCACUGUUCUUAAUCAUGAGGGUCUGACACACACACACACACACACACACACAGAGCCUCACACACGUGCGCCCUUUGAUACCUGCGGCACACAGCCCUCCCUGCCUCCCGUGUGGCCACUUUCCGACCUGUUUGCGUCCAUUGGAUUUGUCUGUCGUGGAGACGCGGAGGAUACCGUCGACGUCGAUAUCGAAUGUCAGGUCGAUCUUGCCUUCGCCUUUGGGGGCGGGGGCGAUGCCAGUAAAGGUGAAGCUGCCGAGCAGAUGAUUGUCUUUGGCCAUAGGGUUCUCGCCCUCGUACACCUUGAAGCUCACCUGCGACAUGCACACACACUCAUUAAGGUGGGUGUCUAUUUGCGCGCGUGCGCAUGAUUCGGUCACGUCUGUCUGGUUGUUGUCAGCUGUAAUCCGCUCGAUUGACUUUCUGAUGGGGAUGAUGGUGUCCCUGUCAACGAUGCGGCAGAAGCUGCCGUCCGGACUGGCAAUGCCGAGAGAGAGGCGUCACGUUGACAAGACCCUGCAAAGGGACACAGAACAACACACGUGCAAGAGUGUGUGUCCACGGUCUUAUCGCUCCAGCUGGUCACCGUCGCUUUGAGGGUCUCGAUGGUCGCGUCCCUCUCUGCCAGCUGCGCCUCGAGAGCCUCAGCUCUGGCACGCAAGUCCGGCGUGUCGCCGCCCGUUCCGCCCAUGGCUGCACCGGGCACACGACAGGGUGCAUUCUUCCUCUCAGGGCCUGUGUGCGUACCUUCGUUGAAGGACUUGUGUGUGAUGCUUCAGCUGGUCAGAGGGAUGGCAGAUGGCGGCAGAUCUGUCGGGAGAAACAAAAGAGGAAUACACGACGGAUGGGCAGUGGGGGAGGAAUGCAUUUCGGUGUACCUUUAUUGAGAGAUCCACUGUCAGUGAGGCUCAAAGUGAUGCUGCUGACGCUUUGCUUGCCUUCAGAAGCCCAACAGAAUCACUCUCCCUUUCGG